CUCAGAAUAUAACUUAUGCUGGAUGGUCGUGUCAAAACGCUACAUCCCAACAUACAUGGUGGUAUUCUUGCUAGAAGGGACCAAAAACAUCACAUGGAAGCUCUUAAUAAGCGUGGCAUUGGUACGUUUGAUGUGGUGGUUGUGAACUUGUACCCAUUUUAUGAUAAAGUUACUUCUACGGGAGGAAUUGCAUUUGACGAUGGCAUCGAGAAUAUUGAUAUUGGUGGACCUGCAAUGAUUAGAGCUGCUGCAAAGAAUCACAAGGAUGUCUUGGUUGUUAUUGACUCACAAGACUAUCCUGCACUCCUUGAAUUCCUUAAAGGCGGGCAGGAUGAUCAACAAUUCCGGAGAAAGCUUGCCUGGAAAGCUUUUGAGCAUGUUGCUUCUUAUGAUUCUGCAGUUUCAGAGUGGCUCUGGAAACAGACUGCAGGAGAUAAAUUCCCUCCCCAGUUGACGGUGCCAUUAUCCCUCAAAAGUUCACUUCGUUAUGGUGAAAAUCCUCAUCAGAAAGCUGCAUUUUAUGUUGACAAGAGUUUGUCCGAGGUCAAUGCUGGUGGUAUUGCUACAGCUGUUCAACACCAUGGGAAGGAAAUGUCGUAUAAUAACUAUUUAGAUGCCGAUGCUGCUUGGAAUUGUGUCUCUGAGUUUAGGAACCCUACAUGUGUGAUUGUAAAGCACACAAAUCCAUGUGGAGUAGCUUCUCGUGAUGACAUCCUUGAGGCUUACAGGCUGGCUGUGAAAGCUGAUCCAGUGACUGCAUUUGGAGGAAUUGUAGCCUUCAACAUAGAAGUAGAUGAGGCUCUUGCUAAGGAAAUCCGAGAGUUCCGAAGCCCAACAGAUGGCGAAACUCGGAUGUUCUAUGAGAUCAUAGUGGCUCCCAAGUAUACAGAGAAGGGACUUGAUGUCCUCCGUGGAAAGUCAAAAACAUUGAGAAUCCUUGAAGCAAAGAAGAACGAGAAAGGUAAGUUCUCACCACGACAGGUUGGUGAUGGUUGGUUGGCCCAGGAUUCAGAUGACUUGACCUCUGAAGAUAUCCAGUUCAAUGUGAUAUCCGAGAAGAAGCCUCAAGAUAGUGAGCUUUGUGAUGCCGAAUUUGCAUGGCUGUGUGCUAAGCAUGUCAAGAGCAAUGCUAUUGUAAUAGCAAAGGACAACUGUACGUUGGGUAUGGGAAGUGGGCAACCAAACCGUCUCGAGAGUUUGAGAAUAGCUUUGAGGAAAGCAGGAGACGAGGUCAAGGGAGCUGCUUUGGCUAGCGAUGCAUUCUUUCCGUUUCCGGGUAAUUUUGUUGUGCGGUAG